AUGAUCAACGUGCUUGUGCUCUUUAUUGCGCUGCUGUGUUCUGUUGUUGCUGGUCGUCCACUGCCGUCGGGGCCUGGGGUUGAGAUCGAGGCGUUGCAUACACUUACCCAUACCGGUGCCCCGGAUAUCCACCCUGCAAGGACGGGUACGGGUGCGGGACGGGAGGUCUAUCUACAAGCUGAUACUGCCGCUGCGGGUGUUGGUCUAGAAGACGUCGCGAGCACUGCUGGGUGGGAGAUACGUGACGUCGACACCGCAAAAUCUAGCUCUAGCCCCGAAUCAUCACCAGUAAUCCCAUCAGAACUAUCAUUGGGAGCAUCACCGUCAGCUACAAAGUCCCUCUCCAAGCGCGCCGUCUCCACAAAGACUCUCAACGCUAUAAUUUGGAUCUUCGUCACCCCCUGCUUUGUCCUAUAUAUCGCUGGCAUGGCUACUCUCCCGGGCACGCGCCUGCGCCGCUGGCUCCAGAACUGUAGGCGGCGCUACGGUAGGGGACAUUACUGCGUAUGUGGGUUCCGCAUGGACGUGCGCGUGCACCGGAGCUCUAACUGGAAAGACGGUGAGUGGCGGACGAAAUUUAAGGGGGGCGCGGACGCGCAGCGAGACGGGGGGGUGAAUGGGUGGGGAGUGAAGGUGAAGGAAGAGGAAGGGGGGGUGAAAGUGAAGGCGCCGGAGAAGGCGUUUUUGGGGUGGAGGAGGUAG